CAUGGGCGUUCUCUUAUAAUAUUCGCCGUGAUUCCCUUGAGCAUGUGAAAUUCUGCUCUUUGCUUCUCGCUGGGAUUCCAUGGCUGACUCUGCAUCAUCCCCUUUCAAAAAGAUCCAGAUUCAAAGGGAUGACACUACAUUUGAUGCAUAUGUGGUUGGAAAAGAGGAUGCUCCUGGAAUUGUUGUGAUUCAGGAGUGGUGGGGUGUGGAUUAUGAAAUUAAGAACCAUGCUGUGAAAAUUUCUCAGCUUGGAACUGGGUUUAAAGCUCUCAUCCCAGAUCUGUACAGAGGAAAAGUUGGUCUGGAGGUUGCAGAAGCUCAGCAUUUGAUGGAUGGUCUUGAUUGGCAAGGAGCUGUGAAGGAUAUCUCUGCUUCAGUUAACUGGCUUAAAGCAAAUGGUUCAAAGAAGGUUGGUGUGACUGGAUUUUGUAUGGGAGGUGCACUGUCUAUUGCAAGUUCUGUCUUGGUUCCAGAGGUUGAUGCUGUUGUAGCAUUCUAUGGAAUUCCUUCUUCAGAGCUUGCUGACCCUGCCAAAGCCAAGGCUCCUGUUCAGGCUCACUUUGGAGAGCUGGACAAUUUUGUUGGCUUUUCAGAUGUUACUGCUGCCAAAGCCUUGGAGGAGAAGCUGAAGGCAUCUGUAGUUGCACAUGAGGUACACUUCUAUCCUGGCAACAUGCAUGCAUUCAUGAACAGGUCUCCAGACGGAAUCCAGAGGAGGAAGAAAAUGGGAAUGCCUGAUGAAGAUGAAGCUGCAGUUCAGCUGGCUUGGUCUCGCUUCGAGACCUGGAUGACACGUUAUUUGUCUAGCUAGAUAAUUUCCUACCUCAGUUCUUAUGCCAAUAUAUAUUCUAGAUUAAAGAAUCGACAUCGCAAUGCUGAUAACCUCUGAUCUAAUCCUCUAAGGUGCAAUUUUAGUCCGUGUUACACUGACGUGGUAAGAAACGACGAAGACUUUCACACUCAUUCAUGAGCUUAAAGCAUAUCAAAACAUUCAGCCUUAUGUUUAGGACCUCAUAGUGUUUAGUUUCAAGUUUGAAUUGCCAUAAAUUUAUGUUUACUUUAACGUUGAUAGUUAAGUUUUUUGCAUUAAAUUCAUGUUAACAAAAUUU